UGCUGAUAAGCGAUAAGAAUUAUUCCGCGCGGGACUUACCGUUUUCGGGGGAGGAUAACAAUUUUUUUUUAUCUCACACAUUCACCCGACUUGGAAAAUUCGAAUAAUUAAGAGUACGCGCUUUAUCUAAGAGUAGUUGGAAGGUUCAUUAUGAUAUCCAGAGGUGGAAGGCCAACUUUGAGUCAAGGGUUGGACAAGGAGGUAUGGAUUGUCAUCGGCGCAAAGAUGCUUCUUUACUAAAAGUUUAUGCAGAUAUAUCAGAUUGUGAGGAAAUUGGCAGAUGAACAGGCACAGAGCCAGAAUGGACCGAAGCGUCUUACGAUCUCAAUUGUUUUUGAUAGCAUUAAAAAUUCGAAUUCAAGUCUAAAAAGAAGAUCAAAAAAACUACUUGAAGACUCAAUCGACAGAGUGCUGUUGGUAUUGAAGGAAGAACAAGAUGAAAGUGAUUCUGUAGAUGGGGAUUUCGAAGGAUUGGAGGAGGCGGCACCACCGUUGAAGGUAUAAAUCCGGCAGGCUGUUGUUGCGCAUACACUAACAACUGUUUUAGGAACACAACAUAAUGAAUAGAAAUAUUACCAAAAAUUGGGCAAAACCAGCAUCGAUACCAACAAUGAGUCCUAUGAACGGUACUCCUUCUGUGAGUGGAAUCGCCACACCCGUUCCUUCAAUACAAACCAGCACCAAUGGUAAUGGGGAAGUCGAAUCACCUAUGAAAUCAGAUCGACAAACCAACGGUGAACCAAAAUCGAAACGUCGGAAAGCAGAACGAGAAGUCAGGAAAGAUGCGGAUAGAGCACCACCCACGGAUAUUUCACUGGAGAAUCUUGGAGGAGUGGAUAAUGUCAUUGAAGAAUUGAACGAGCUUGUUGCGAUGCCAAUGCUAUAUCCGGAAACAUAUAUAAGGACGGGAAUUCAACCACCUCGAGGUGUUCUACUCCAUGGACCACCUGGUUGUGGUAAAACUAUGAUCGCAAACGCUUUUGCAGCAGAAAUAGGAGUGUCAUUCAUACCAAUUUCUGCACCAUCUUUAGUGGCUGGUAUGUCGGGAGAAUCAGAAAAAAAGAUCAGAGAUGUCUUUGACGAAGCAAAACGUAUGGCACCUUGUCUUGUUUUCAUCGAUGAGAUUGAUGUCAUAAUGGGGAAACGGGAGAGUGCUCAAAGAGAGAUGGAAAAACGAAUCGUUGCUCAAAUGCUCACAUCCAUGGAUGAUAUGGCUUUAGAAAAAACAGGCGGUAAACCUGUCAUUAUAAUAGCUGCCACAAACCGACCUGAUAGUCUUGAUCCGGCUCUUCGAAGAGCAGGUCGUUUUAAUAAGGAGAUUAAUUUGGGGGUUCCGAACGAAGCUGCUCGAGAGAAGAUUCUCCGCGCUCUUACUCAAAAACUUGCCUUACCCGAUGAUUUUAACUUUCAUGCUUUAGCAAAGAUGACUCCUGGAUUCGUGGGAGCUGAUUUGAAUGAUGUUGUGUCUGUUGCAGGUACAGAAGCCAUGAAGCGUAUGAUGGCAGUUCUAAAACAACAAACUGUUUCUACCAUGGAGCUCGAUACCCCGCUACAAAGUGCUACAUCCAUGGAAUUAGACACUCCAAUAUUAAAGGAUAGCACUUCAGAAGCUCUUCUUGUUUUAAGGUCUCUAGUCGCUAAUGCGGGAGGUUCCGCUCCUGAUGGAGAUUUUUCUAUCAAAUAUACCGAUUUCCUUGCAGCCAUACCUAAAGUUCAGCCGUCGGCUAAACGGGAAGGUUUUGCAACGAUUCCAGAUACCACAUGGGCUCAUGUUGGUGCUUUACAUGAGGUACGAGAACAACUUGAAAUGGCGAUUGUUGAGCCUAUUAAACGACCGGAAUCUUUUGCUCGAGUUGGUAUUACAGCGCCAACAGGAGUUUUGUUAUGGGGACCACCUGGAUGUGGUAAAACGCUUCUUGCGAAAGCCGUUGCAAAUGAAUCGAAAGCCAAUUUCAUUUCUAUCAAGGGUCCUGAACUCCUUAACAAGUAUGUGGGAGAAUCUGAAAGGGCUGUUAGACAAGUCUUUGAGCGCGCCAGAUCAUCCGUACCUUGCAUUUUAUUCUUCGAUGAACUGGAUGCAUUGGUUCCCAAACGUGAGGACUCUUUGUCAGAAGCUAGUAGCAAAGUUGUCAAUACCCUCCUUACCGAACUUGAUGGUCUAAGCAACAGAGCUGGAAUAUACGUUGUAGGUGCCACUAAUCGACCUGACAUGAUCGAUCCCGCUAUGUUACGUCCAGGUCGUCUUGGUACGUCAGUCUUUGUCGACCUUCCAUCUCCAGAUGAACGUGUGGAGAUUCUCAAGGCUUUAUACAGGAAAGCACUACCAUCCGCUAGUGCACAAGAAAUUGAGGCAUUGGGUCCAGUAGCGAGAGAUGAGAGGUGCAAUGGAUAUAGUGGAGCGGAUUUAGGUAAUCUGCAUCAAGCUGCUGCAGUGGCAGCAUUGAAAAGGGAAAUGAUUAUGGUAGCACAGGGACAAGCUACCAUAGAGGAUGAUUUGAAGAUUAGUGGAGCUGAUUGGGAGGUUGCAUUAGGGAAGAUUAAGGCGAGUGUGAAGGAUGCGGGGAAGUAUAGGAGAUUGAGGGAUAGGGGAAUGUAAGGAAGUUUUGUUAUUUAAUAGUCAAAUCAAGACUGAUCAAAUCUUGUGAUUCAUAAUAAUCGUAUUCAUACUUCUGUCAUCAGAUAAAAUAUUUUACAGACUCAAAUGUAGAAAUUUUCAAGUACGAUCUUGUUCCCAGUGAGUUUUAUGCUCCCGGUGAGCUCCCGAUGAGCCUUAGGUUAGUGUUCCAAGUAACUUUCAUUUCCUCAUGUGGCCCGUGCAUUACAACCCCAUAUAGCAACUUCAAGUGUGUUCGAUAA